AUUGGUCACCUUGGAGGUCCCCGCCCAAAAGAGGGCGGAGCUGACAGCGUUACUAAGCGAGGAGGAUAGGCGUCGGGCUGUCCCGCGAAGGAGUUCAGCUGGCACUAACGCUGAGCCUGUCACUUUUCACUAUCCAAGACACCCUUUGGAAAUGUUCCCCAGGGUGGACAACCCUAUUGGUCAUCAAGAAGCCAAAACUGGAGCCCCAAGGUCUCAAAGGCCACAAGCUCCCAAGGCCACAGCAACCGAUUCCCCUGAGCUGUCGGAGGUGUCCUGGCCAUCCAGUUCUGGGACCCCUUCCCCACUCAGCACUGAGGGACCAAGUACCUCUCCACCACUCACCGUAAUUGACAGCGGGGACUCGGUGGUAGCCAAGUACAUAAACAGGUUCCGCCAAGCUCAGCCCACAAGCCGAGAGGAACGCCAGCCUGCAGGCCCCACCCCAGAUGACUUUUGGUGGCUGAAGCCCAAGUCCUCAGACUUGAGCAGUUACCUUGCAGCAGGAGCGGGUGAAGCUGAGGGAAGAUCCGCAAUGACAGGUCCAUCUCCCGCGGGGAUGUGCAGUGCAUCUCUGGCUUCAGCUCCUCUUCAGAAAGUAAAGCAGAACCUGAAGACAUGGAACUCAUCUUUGCUGGACUUGGAGACACUGAGCCUACAAAGCAGAGCGGCCAGGCUGCUGAAACGCAGCAAGGCCUCCCUCUCCUCCUCCUCCUCCCUCAGUCCCGGUGAUGCCAGCAGUUCCUCCUUCCCUGUCAGCUCCGAUGGCCUCUCUCCCUGUCCUGUGACCUUCAAUCCGGAGUCCAACAAGAGUUCUAGUCCCAAAGAAUCUGUGUCGGGAGCAGCCCCAGUGCCAUCCCAGGCCUGCAUCCCUGCUCCCCGCCCAGCCUCCUCCCAGGCAACCCUUCAGCCCGAGGAAGACAUUUUAUACCAAUGGCGGCAGCGGCGGAAGCUUGAGCAGGCGCGAGGAGCUGAGGGUGAUGGAACCUGGGUGUUGCCUCGGACCCCAGCCCUCACCACUCAGACUCCUCCUGUCCCUGCAGUGAACCUUGGUUCCCUGGGGACCCAGCCUAACUGUGUUCCACCAUGGGGCAGUGUGGCCCAGCCCCCUCCUCCACAGGCCUUCUAUGUGGAGAGGCCUCCUCUUCCAGCGCCCUCUCCACACAUCUGGGCCCCCAGCCCUCAGGGGUUCCUCUGGGCCCCCCAAGCCAAUCCCUGGGUAUCCCUCGGUAUGGUUCCUACCACACUGCUUGCCUCUACUGUUGCUCCCGUGGCCUCCUUCCCAGCACCCCCUACCACCACUCCAGCUGCCCCAGCUCCCACCCCUGCUCCCCAGGUCUCCAUCCCAGUGCCCCCAGCCUCUACUCUACCUCCCUGGGCUUCCACCCCUACUUCCCCAGCUUCUACCCUCCCACUAGCUGACACCCCUCAGGAGCCAACUACCCUCGAGAUGAGUAGUUCUGUCCAGCCCAAGAAGCUGAGUCCCAAACCUCGGAGGGCCAGCGCUUCAUCGCGCCAGGAGACAACUGGUCCAGACCCCGCAGCUUUUGAGAGUCCCAGUUCGCAGCUCAGGGGCGCCCUGGGCCAGGUAGUGACAGCCAGGCUGUUCCCUGACAACUUGGAAGACACGGCCCCUCAUCUUGAGAGCCCGCCUCCAUGUGAGGCAGAAUCCCGGAAAGUUAAGGGCACACCCACUCAAGCCGAGGGUCCACCCCCUCCAUCCAAGUCUCAGCGUGGGUCCCAGACAGAGUCCGGCAAAGCCACGGCCGCGUCCUCUACGGGCAGGUCGGUGCUUCGGAAAAGUAAAGUCACCCUCUCAGCUGAAGCUAGGGAUCCACAGCCGGCUAUAACCCCAAAGGCACCCACACUGUCAGAGGUCCAAGCACCUGAAUUCAAGACGUCUGCUCCCAAGGCGGGAGCUGGUGAUGCUUGGACCAUCGCCCCGCCUGCCUCAGGCCACGCCCCCUCCGAGGACUUGUUAUCCCAGGCCGCCGGACUUCUGCAGGCUGCGGAAGAUUCCGAUGGCAGCGAGUUUCAGGAAGACCCUGUGUUGCAGGUGCUAAGAGCUCAGAGGGAAGAGCUCCGGCAGCAGAAAAGGAAAGUGGAUGCUCAAUUAUCCCUCCUCUUGAACCACACUGAAGAACCAGGAUCUUCCUCUCCUCCAGCCAGCUCACCUCCCAGGUCCCCAAGAAUGCGAUUGAGGAGGGAAGGAGCCUUCUUUGAUGCCAGGAGACUUUGAACUGUGAAAAUUCUGUUUUUCCUGGGCUGGGGAGAUAAAGUACUUGAGUGUGAAGGCCCACAUAAAGGUAGCUGAGCGGCCCGCUGGCCCAUGGAGACGGGGUCUCAAACAAAGUGGAAGGCGAGGACCUGUAUUCAAAGUCCUUUGACCUCCAUACACGAGCUGUGGGGCGUGCGCCCACGCACGCACACGCACACGCGCACACACACACAAAUAAAGUUUUCUCCAAUUA